AUUGGGCCUGUCCGUCGCCCCGGAAGAAGGAAGAGAGUCGCUAUAAGAGAAAAAGAAGUCUAGUGACAGCAGCAACAAUCAUAGACAGAUUUAAUCACGUUUAAGGUGCUAUUGCAUCUGCGCAGCAUCCAUUUCGAGUGUUUGUAUAUUGCAAGAGCUUUCGGGGUAUGGAAUAUGGCAGCAUCUGAAACACAGUCUAUGCUAAGCGUCGGAUUGAUUGAAAAAGAUGUGAAUGGAGACACUCUGUGGGUGUGGUGCUAUCCCUCUGUGGGCGCACAACUGAGACAGGUCCUGCUCAGCAAGUGCUGUCUGACCCAGGGCAAUGAAGACUUUCACACAUUUGUGUUUGGCCAGUUCAGUCGUACUUGGUAUUACAUCAGCACACUGGAAGUACAGGAACCAACAGCUCUACAAAAGGUUACUCAUUUUUCAGUGGUAGUAACAGCAAAAGACUUCAACCCUGAGAAAUAUGCAGCACUUAAUCGGAUACUGUGCAGGAUGUACAUCAAAUAUGGCAGUCCAGUGAAAAUGAUGGAGGCCUACAUCACUGUUCUCACCAAAGGUGUUUGUCAGAGUGAAGAGAACGGCUCAUUUCUAAUCAAGGACUAUGAUGUUCAGAAGGCGUUCCUGGCAGGUUCAAUCAAAGAUGUGGUGUCUCAGUUUGGCAUGGAGACCAUUAUCCUCUACACUGCUCUCAUGUUGAAAAAGAGGGUUGUUGUCCACCAUCCUCGAAUUGAAGCCUUGUUGGAGUUCACCAGAGUUCUUCCGGCCCUGACGUGGCACAGGAAAGACUGGUCCAUUUUGCACCCAUAUGUACACCUGACUUAUACUGAACUAGGUCAUCUCACUAAAUGUCCCGCAUAUAUAGCAGGAUUUGUGGAUCCAGAAGUGAGCAAUAGAUUGGACCUGUUUGAUGUGUACGUGAACCUCCCAGAGAGCACUAUCACAGUUUCGCAGGGUGCCAAAGAAUCCAUGAUGAUGGGGAAGUUACACAAGGACAUCGGACAACUUAUUGUCCAGUCCGCAGAAGACACAGAGAAGUCAGACAGUCAAGUCAUUAAGGACAUUUCCAUCAAGACCAAACAGAUCCUUGCUCAUUUGAGGGCCCUGGCAGAUGAAUGUGAAAGCUCUAAACUCACCUUGGAACAUUUACAGCAGCAUCACUUCCCCCCGGCAACGGAAAACUUCCUGUUUCAUCUAGCGGCUGCUGAGCAGAUUUUAUGCAUAUGAUGAGCCUGCUUUCGGAUGCUGUGUAGUGACAGGUACCAUUGUCACCACUGCAGCGACUCUUAUUAUGAUCAUAAACUGUGUGCCGGUGUGCCAUAUAUCCAUUAAUUCAUACAUUUUCUACCGCUUAUCCUCACGAGGGUUGCGGGGGUGCUGGAGCCUAUCCCAGCUGUCUUCGGGCAAGAGGUGGGGUACACCCUGGACUGGUGGCCAGCCAAUCCCAGGGCACAUAUAGACAAACAACCAUUCCCACCCACAUUCAUACCUAUGGACAAUUUGGAGUCCCCAAUUAACCUAACAUGUUUUUGGAAUGUGGGGGGAGGGGACCGGAGUACCCGGAUAAAAGCCACGCAUGCACGGGAAGAACAUGCAAACUCCACACAGAGAUGGCAGAGGGUGGAAUCGAACUUAGAUCUCCUAGCUGUGUGGCCUGCGCGCUAACCACUCAUCCGCCUUGCCGUAGUGUGCCAUAUAUGAGAUACAAAAAUAAAAUUCUAAAAAAAUUGGUGGACCUAGCUCCAUGUUUGAUGAAUUUAUUAAAGUUUUGUUUUUUUUAGGGCCUUCCACUGGCUUCGUGGUCAAUCUAUUUGGGAAGGAAACAUGGUUCCUGUUGAGUCCCGUACCUGAAAGUUUGCACACUCGUGCAGAAUAAUUGUCUGAUGAUAUGGUGAAAAAUUGGUGGACCUAGCUCGAUGCUUGAUGAAUUUAUUAAAGUUUGUUUUUUUUAGGGCCUUCCACUGGCUUCGUGGUCAAUCUAUUUGGGAAGGAAACAUGGUUCCUGUUGAGUCCCGUACCUGAAAGUUUGCACACUCGUGCAGAAUAAUUGUCUGAUGAUAUGGUGAAAAAUUGGUGGACCUAGCUCGAUGCUUGAUGAAUUUAUUAAAGUUUGUUUUUUUUAGGGCCUUCCACUGGCUUUGUGGUCAAUCUAUUUGGGAAGGAAACAUGGUUCCUGUUGAGUCCCGUCCCUGAAAUUUUGCACACUCAUGCAGAAUAGUUGUCUGAUGAUAUGGUGAAAAAUUGGUGGACCUAGCUUGAUGCUUGGCCUCAGGUUCCAACCCUCGCCUCCAGUUUGCCCACCGGCCGGCCACCGUUUCCAGUUUGCCUGCAGGCCGGCAGCUGACAACAGAUUGCUCGCCGGCGGCCGCAGUCUUCAUAUUGCUCUCUCGUCGUCGCCGUCGCCAUUGCCAUUGCCAUUGCCAUUGCCAUUGCCAUUGCCAUUGCCAUUGCCAUUGCCAUUGCCAUUGCCGUCAGUCCGCUGUCCCGCAAUCUUCAGCAAAGUAAGACAAAGCUUACAUUAGCCACGACUUUACCGUUGAGAAAACACAGUAUAUGAUUGCCCAGCAUAACGAUUACAGUCACGGUGUCAUGAAAAAAAUCCCUUCAAACAUCAACACAAUAGAUAGAUUUAGAACAGACUUGGCCAGUCGUGUGCAAGAAUAACCCAUUUACGUGGCUUAAUACAAGUAAUUUAACAGCUAUUUCUUUCAUAGACAGUACCGCAAAGCACGCUGGGAUGUGCGCCUGCUGAUUAUGAUGCGGGUGAGGGAGGAUGUCAAUUAAGGGCCUCAAUUCUUGAAUUUCUUCUCCUUAAAAAUUACUUUUAUGCAACUCUUGGCUAUGUUAUCUGUAUCAUGUGUCAUUUGUGUGCUCUCAACAUAUACUUGUUAGUCCAAAAUACAGUACACUUCAAAAAGACGUUUGUGUGUUUUCGAAGUGGCCACAGGAGGGCGAUAGAGGCUGAUAUCAUCUAUGUAUGUCCGUCACAGGCCACCGUACUGAUCCGCCAGUAAGUGGUGACAUUACGUGAAAUCCAACAAAUUAAAUAAUGCCUCCUUUUUUUACAGCACCCUACGAACGGUGCCCAAGGUGCUUCAGGAGUAUAAAGUAUUAUUUCUCUUGUUAUAGUGUGUAAAAUCAUUGUGAAACACAACGUCACAUCCGCGCUGUAACUUCCUGUUUGCACUUCCUGGUUUCGUCAGGUGUUGUGCCGAGUUUUGCAUGCCUGCCGGAUUUUGCAUCCACGCUCAGUUAAAACCGAAAAUAUGUGACGCUGCGGGGUUUUUUGGCCACAGGACUUCACGAUAAUGAAGAUAUUAUACUUUGUGUCUCCUUUAUUAUUUACUAUGAAACAUCUAAAGUACACAGUAUAUGAAAACUUCGAUUUAUUGGCUUGGUAUUUGUUAGGUAUGUCAAGCAUUUGACGCAUGCGUAUUCAGGAAUACGGUGAGUGGAGCGGGGUUAGACAUUUACAAUGUAAUUGUGGCGCUUUGUAACACAUUUCUUCCGCCAUUUAGGUAUUUCUGCAUAACUAAUGACAAAUAUGAAAUGUGGAAGUAUUUACCUAUUCAUUUUGUGGCCAGGAGCUGACGUAAUUUCAAUGAGGCAUGAAUGAGGCAUGAUGCAACAGUCGAUCUCACCCGUUUGACAUACUUUGGACUGUAAAAUGAAAAAUAAAAGUGUUGAACUUGGGGGCUCCACUCAUUCAUUCAUUAUGU